AUGCGGAGAGGCCCCAGUGCAGCCCUGCCACCCGGGGCCGGGCUGGGGGAGGCCGCCGCCAUGCCGUCCCGAAGGCUCACGGCGGCGGCGGCGGCGGCAGGUCGCCCCGGCUCGUCCCUCAGCGGCACCGAGUGGGUGAAGAUGCCGGGCGGCAGCGUGCUGGCGCUGGCGCUGGUGCUGUGCCUGCUCCUGCCCUGCACCGGGCAGCAUCACCGGGAAGAGGCCGAGCGCAUCAUGACGACCACGCCAGUCAUUGAUGGGCACAACGACCUGCCCUGGCAGCUCCUCAAGAAGUUCAACAACCAGCUGGGGCUGCCAGAAGCCAACCUCAUGCUGCUGAACGGCACCCACACCAACAUCCCCAAACUGCACAGAGGGCACGUGGGCGGGCAGUUCUGGUCGGUGUACGUACCCUGCGACACGCAGAACAAGGACACGGUGAAGCGCACGCUGGAGCAGAUCGACGUAGUGCACCGCAUGUGUGAGCUCUACCCCGAGACCUUCGCCUGCGUCGUCGACAGCGCCGGCAUCCAGCAGGCUUUCCAGAGCAAGAAGGUGGCCAGUCUCAUCGGGGUGGAGGGCGGCCACUCCAUCGACAGCAGCCUGGGCGUCCUGCGCACCUUCUACCAUCUGGGCGUCCGCUACAUGACCCUCACCCACAGCUGCAACACCCCUUGGGCUGACAACUGGCUGGUGGACACCGGGGACGAGCCGCCCCUGCACCACGGCCUCUCGCCCUUCGGGAAGACAGUGCUGGAGGAGAUGAACCGCCUGGGCAUGAUCGUGGACCUGGCCCACGUCUCGGUGGAGACGAUGAAGGUUGUGCUCAGCCUCUCCAAAGCCCCCAUCAUCUUCAGCCACUCGUCCGCCUACAGCCUCUGCCCGCACCGCCGCAACGUGCCCGAUGACGUGCUAAGGAUGGUGGCCUCCACGGGCAGCCUGGUGAUGAUCAACUUCUACAACGAGUACGUGACGUGCAGUGACAUGGCCACGCUGGCCGACGUCGCAGACCAUAUGGACCACGUGAAGAAAGUGGCCGGUGCCCAGUCCGUCGGCUUCGGCGGGGACUACGACGGCGUCACAAGGCUCCCCACCGGCCUGGAGGACGUCUCCACGUACCCCGCGCUGGUGGCCGAGCUGCUGGCAAGGAACUGGACGGAGGCAGAGGUGAGGGCGGCCCUGGCUGAAAACCUGCUCCGGGUCUUCAGGAAGGUGGAGGAGGUGAAGAGGACCCUGCAAGGGACGGCUGCCCACGAGAAGCCCAUCGCCUUCGAGGAGCUGGAGGGGACGUGCAGGACCCGCUACGGGUACACCAAUGGUGCCGGCACAGCCUGGCUCCCGCCGGGAGCCCUGGCGCUGGCGCUGGCCCUGCUCCACUCUCUGCUCUCCUAA